AGAGAGGAUCAUCUCUAGCGACAAUGGCUUCUACUUCAGGCAGUGUCGGGGGAGAAGUAACUGGUGUACCGCCGCUUGCUAAGUCAGCUCUACCGCCGCCUCGUCCGAAGUCUCCGCCGGAGUAUCCAGAUUUGUACGGGAAACGCAGAGAGGCGGCCAGAGUUCAGAUGCUAGAGAGAGAGAUUGGUUAUCUCGAGGGAGAAAUUAAAUUCAUCGAAGGCGUACAACCAGCUUCUAGAUGCUGCAAAGAGGUCUCUGAUUUUGUCGUUGCAAAUUCUGAUCCAUUGAUCCCUGCACAACGAAAGAGUCGAAGACACUGCCGGUUCUGGAAGUGGCUCUGUAGCUGUGUUCCGUGUUUGAGCCUAGCGAGUUUCUGCUGCUGCUGCCAAUCCGAAUGUUCGUGCCAUCUAAGGAAGCCCAAGUGCUGCAACUGCACAAGUUGCAGCUGCAUUGGGUCCAAAUGCUGUGACGGGUCAUGCUGCUCAAAUAUCUGUUGUUGCCCGAAACCGAGCUGCCCGAGCUGUUCAUGCUUCCGAGGUUGCUGUUGUUCUUGUCCGGACUUGUCAUGCUGCAUACCCACCUGUUUCCGCAGUUGCUCUCGACCGUCGUGUCUCAACAAGAAGAAGAGCUCAUGUUGCAGCUGCAACUGCAAGAUCAGAUGGUCAUCUUGUUUUAGAUGUCCCAAGGUACGCCUUUGUUGUUGUUUUUGCAAUUGUAAAAAUCUAUGUUCUAAUCCUUGUUGUUUAACUUUCUAAACUUUAAUUAUUAUUAUUGUUAUCAUUGCUAUAGCUAUAUUCUCAUAUAAGUCAUAUUUUUUUUCAUUUUUUCUUUUAUCUGUUAAAAGGGAGGAACUCUUUCUUAAUU